AUGAUUCAAAUAGGCCAUCUUUUUGCGAUUGGUAAAAAUCCACGGAAGACUUUUUUGCAGUGGCAUCAUGAGUUGGGUCCUAUUUUCGGUCUCAAAUUAGGGGUCAAGCCAUGGAUCAUGAUAGGAAGAGCUGAUAUUGCAUAUGAGAUCUUGCAUAAAGAACGCAAUAACACAUCUGGCAAACCUUUUUAUCGCUUGCUUUCCGAAUUCUAUAGCUGUGAGGAGAAGGGCAUUGUAUUCUCACAACCUACGCCAAGCUGGAGACAGGCACGCGCUGCAGUGCUAUCCGUUCUGAGCCCUAAGAAACUGGAGAAUGAACUGGGCGAUGUAUUAGAACGCGAAGCUGACGAGCUUAUCGAUAUCUUGAUGGCAGGGCAAGAAGACAUUGAUCCAACCAACCAUCUCUUACGAGCUUCGCUCAACUUUAUCUUGAUUACAUGCUUAAACAAACGGACAUCCUCCAUCGACGAUCCGUUGUUUACUACGCUGAUUGACCUAUUGCAAAGUUGCAUUGCCCAUUCGGAUAUUGUCAAAUACCACAUCGGAGCGUUUCUCCCUGUCCUAUCCAUGUUGAAUCGGUGGACGGGAACAGAGCAAGCUUUUGCUGACCUCUUGAAGAACAAGCGAAAUCCAUUUUACAUGCAGCUGAUUCAGGAGGCACUGGAAAGCGACACGGAUUGUUUGGCUAAAGUGCUCAUGAUCCGCGAAAAACUAGACGUGGAAUACGUGAUUGCCACCCUCAAUGAUAUGGUAAUCGCAGGGUCCGAUACGACAACUGUAACAUUGGGUUGGGCAUUUUCUAUACUUUGCACGAUGCCAGACGUUCAGGAAAAGAUUCAGCAGGAAAUUGACGCAUUUACAAGCAAACACAAGAGAUUACCUACAUUUUGCGAGAGAAAUCAAGUACCGUAUCUUAUAGCAGUACAAAAGGAAUGCCUGCGAUUCCGUCCUACAACCCCAUGUGGUGCACCGCAUCUGGUGGAUCAAGACAUGGAAUGGCGCGGCAACAUUAUCCCCAAGGGCACAACCGUGGUGGCAAACAUGAUUGCCAUCCAUUCAAAUCCUGACUCGUUUCCAGAACCAAAGAUUUUUCGGCCAGAGCGGUUCUUGGAUCAUUUGGAACCGAUGUCGAUACUUGCAACCAAGAAAAUAGGGGAACGGGAUCAUUUUAACUUUGGAUGGGGAAGACGUGUCUGCCCUGGUAUAGCUCUGGCCGAGAUACAGCUAUUUAAUGUAUUCACUCGCGUUUUUAGUCAAUGUACAAUUAUGCCACCAGCGUCAGGUGAAAAGAUAGAUCUUGAUGCAUACUUUUCUGGAAGCGUUGGAGCCAUUGCGGCUCCUCCACGGACACCAUUGCGUUUUGUCGCUAGGUCAAUAAAAUAA